AUGAUUGAACCAGAAUUGAUAACUAAAACAUUGGAGACUAAACCAUUUUCGGGUCAGAAACCAGGUACUUCCGGUCUGAGAAAGAAAGUUACAGAGUUUCAAAAUGGAUUGUAUCUACACAACUUUGUACAAUCGAUCUUCAAUGUGUUGGAUGCUAACGAGCUGAAGGGUGCCACUCUUGUGGUCGGUGGUGACGGUCGUUUCUACAAUAAGCAAGCGAUUCAAGUGAUCUUUGGUAUUGCCGCUGCCAACGGCAUCGGAAAGGUCUUGGUCGGACAGAACGGUCUGUUGUCGACACCCGCUAUUUCUGCGGUGGUUCGCGCACGCAGAGCACUCGGUGCGAUCAUCCUGACUGCCUCGCACAAUCCAGGUGGUCCCAACGGUGACUUUGGUAUCAAAUACAACAUUGCCAACGGUGGUCCCGCUCCCGAAUCGAUCACCAAUGCAAUCUACCAACAGACCACCAAGAUCUCAGAGAUUAGAAUCGCAGAGAAUGUCGUUGGCGCCAUUGACCUCUCGAAGCUUGGUGUCACUCAAUUCAAGAGCUUCACAGUGGAGGUGAUCGAUUCCGUAAGUGAAUACGCCACGCUUCUCAAGUCCAUCUUUGAUUUCAACCAAAUCAAGUCGUUGGUUGCAAGAAAAGACUUUGUUUUCAAUUUCGAUGCGAUGUCUGGUGUUACCGGUGUCUAUGCUUCGCGUAUCUUCUCCGAUCUUCUCGGUGUUCCACUGGCCAAUCUCAUCAAUUGUGUGCCAUCCGAGGAUUUCAAUGGUGGACAUCCCGAUCCAAAUCUCACUUAUGCACCGGAGCUCGUUGACAAGAUGAACAAAGGAUUGUUUGAUUGUGGUUGUGCAUCCGAUGGUGACGGUGACCGUAACAUGGUGCUUGGCAAACGAUUCUUUGUCAACCCAUCGGAUUCCGUUGCCGUCAUCGCCAGCAACUAUCAAUCGAUUCCCUAUUUCAAAUCUGGACUUAAAGGACUGGCUCGUAGUAUGCCAACUUCCGCCGCUUUGGAUCUCGUUGCCAAAGAUCUAAAGAUCCCAUUCUUUGAGGUGCCAACCGGUUGGAAAUUCUUUGGUAAUCUCAUGGACGCCAAUACUCUCUCGAUUUGCGGUGAAGAAAGUUUCGGAACCGGUUCCGAUCACAUUCGUGAGAAGGACGGAAUCUGGGCGAUUUGCGCAUGGCUACAGAUUCUCGCUGUGCACAACGCCGACGCCGCCAAACCGUUCGUAUCGAUUGAAUCGAUCGUCCACCAACACUGGCGAAAGUACGGACGUAACUACUACAGUCGUUACGACUAUGAAGAGGUGGAUACUAAGCUCGGUGACGAAGUUAUGAAGGUCGUAUCCGAUGGAAUCACUGACCGAUCGCUCAUUGGACGAUCGUUCAACAAAGACGGACAAACCUACGUCAUUGAACAUGCCGACAACUUUGAAUACAAAGAUCCAAUCGACAAAUCAGUCUCCUCCAACCAAGGACUACGUAUCAUUUUCUCUGACGGUUCAAGAAUCAUCUAUCGUCUCAGUGGAACUGGAUCGACAGGUGCCACCAUUCGUGUCUACUUUGAUAAAUACGAAAGAGAAGAAUCCAAGUUAUUCAACGACACUCAAACUCACCUGAAAUUCCUAAUCUCCAUUGCAUUGGAAUUAUCAAAACUAACAGAAAUCACUAAAAGAACCGAACCAAAUGUAAUCACAUAA